CUCUAGACUAGGUCCCUUUCUGUGGGCUGGAAGAACAGAGCUGUAAGAAAUGUGCUCUCUGAGUCACUUGAUCUCUGUUCACCCAGUAGGUGAGCUGUUAAUAUUCUGAGGCCUAGCUAUAUGGCCCUAGUCAAUGAGGGACUUUGAGAUGCUUUGCAAUCAGUAGUAAGAGUGGCAGGUGAUUUGCAGAUUCUUUCCUAGAUUAUCCUUUGCUUCUCCUGUAAUGAGUUGUAAGGAAGUACACAAGCUAUGCCAUGGUGAGUAUAGAGUAUUCAGAGAAGGUGCGUUGAGCUGUUAUUAUUUUUGGUAUUUGGAUGGACCAUCAGCCAGACUGUGGUUCUGUUGGUCCAUGUGCUGACCUGGACAGUGAUCCUUGUACUUUGAGCCCCAGUGUGAAUGGAUUUCAUGGGUAGGGGAAACUGCAGUCCUGGCAUGGGAGGCUAUAAUGCUUGUAAUAUCACUGUCCAGUGUACACACAUGGGCACUGCUUUUGGUGUGCAGUGGGAAGACAGAUUGGAAAACUGAAGGUCUGGCUACUAGAAGUUCUGAAUAUUGCAUUCCACUUUCAGAAUGUGGUGACCUAUGAGGAUGUGCAUGUUGGUUUCACUUGGGAAGAGUGGACUUUGCUGGAUCCUUCCCAGAAGAAUCUCUACAAAGAUGUAAUGCUGGAGACCUACAGAAACCUCGCUAUUAUAGGGUACAGUUGGAAGGACCAUAAUAUUGAAGAACUUUGUCAAAGCUCUAGAAGACAUGAAAGGCAUGAAAGAAGCCAAACUGAAGAGAAACUUUCUGUAUAUACUCAAUAUGGUAAAGACUCUGCAUAUGAUAGUCAGCAUCAAAGGCAUAAAAGAUCACAUAUUGGAGAGAAACCCUAUGAAGGUAAUCAGUGUGGGAAAGCCUAUUCUCAUCACAGUAUACUUCAAAUCUAUAAAAGAACACAUACUGAAAAGACACCCUAUGAAUGUAAUCAGUGUUGUAAAGUCUUUGCUUAUCAUGGUGCUCUUCGAUUACAUAAAAGAACACAUACUGGAGAGAAACCCUAUGAAUGUAAUCACUGUGGUAAAGCUUUUGACUAUCACAGUCAUCUUCAAGUACAUAAAAGAACACAUACUGGAGAGAAACCUUUUGAAUGUAAUACAUGUGGUAAAACCUUUGCACAAUAUGGUGCUCUUCAAUUGCAUAAAAGAACACAUACUGGAGAGAAACCCUAUGAAUGCAAUGAAUGUGGUAAAGCCUUUGGUUAUCACAGUGUUCUUCAAGUUCAUAAAAGAACACAUACUGGAGAGAAACCCUAUAAAUGCAAUCAAUGUGGUAAAGCCUUUGCACAACCGGGUGGUCUUCAAUUGCAUAAACGUACACAUACUGGAGAGAAACCCUAUGAAUGUAAUGAAUGUGGUAAAGCCUUUUCACAACACAGUCAUCUUCAAAAGCAUAAAAAAACACAUACUGGAGAAAAGCCCUAUGAAUGUAAUCAGUGUUGUAGAGCCUUUGCAUUUCACAGUAAUCUUCAAAGGCAUAAAAGAACACACACUGGCAAGAAACCCUAUGAAUAAAAUGAAUGUGUUAAAUCCUUGGCAUGUCUCAAUGCUCUUCAAAGACAUAAAAGAACACGUGCUGGAGAGAAACCAUAUUAAUGUAUUCAGUGUGGUAAAGCCUUUGCACAACACAGUUAUCUUCAAGUACAUAAAAGAACACAUACGGAGAGAAACCUUAUGAAUAUAAUUAGUGUGGCAAAGCCUUUGCACAUCAACACAAUCUUCAAAGUACAUAAAAGAACUCAUACUGGACAAAAACCCUAUGAAUGUAAUCAAUGUGUCAAAACCUUUGUACAACAGAACAUACUCUUCAAGUACAUAAAAGAACACAUACUGGAAAGAAAUCCUAUGAAUAUUAUUAAUGUCUUAAAGCCUAGUCACAAUACAUGGUAACCUUAUAACUGUAUAAUGUUUAGUGUGUAAUUGGUCUCUUAAUGCCUUUGAAUAUAACAAUAGACUUAGGAGAUCUGAAAGAUCUCAUAGUAAAAUGAAUUUAAAUAUAUAUGAAUUGGUAUGAUCUUUAGUCAACAUAAGGUUUGAGGUUGGUUGUGGCUUGUUCUGUUUCUCUCAUCUUUCAGUGUUUACUCCAAAUACUGGUGCGGGGUUUGUUUUUUAUUAAGACAUUUUGAAAUUUGUCUAUAUCUGGUGCCCAACUUAUCAUGUACAAAUUCAAGUAAAAGCUACUUUCCUGUGGCCUUGCAAGCCCCAUCGAAGGCCUGAGGUGCAUGGGACUGGUUGUGGUGGUGCAUGCUGGUAGGAUUUGCUGACAGAGGCAGAAGCAGGAAGAUCUCAAGUUCAAGGCCAGCCAGUGAGUCUUGUGGAGAAGCUGUGGCUGGGCCAGGCUACAAAUGGUACUGGUGGGACCAUGGAGGUGGUGGCUUCUGCUUCAAGUUGCCAGCUGCUUAUCAUGUUGGUGGUGAUGGCAAAAGUACUACUGGAGACAAAGUGUUUACUGCUGCUUAUUCAGAGAACAAUUGCCACGACCAUCUUGUUACAAGAAAGCAUUAACAAAGGUCAGUUUGGAGAAAUUUGGUGAGGCAAGUCGAGAGAAGAAAUUGCUGUGAAGAUAUUCUCUUCUAAGGAAAAACAUUUGUGGUUCUGAGAGACAGACAUUUAUCAGACUAUGAUUGCUCCAAACCACAGAGGAGGCAAAAAAAAAAUCUGCAGGGAUCCAUGACCAUGCCUAAAAGCAACUUUGAAAUCUUCAAAGGAUGACAGAAUCCCACAAUGAUGAUUACAAAUGGAAUAUAAUAAAGCCAAUAAGCUGAUUAACACAUUUAAUGAUAUGCUUUGGGCUACAAACUUCUCAAUACAAUUUUGAGAUGGCUAACUGAGAUGAUUCAGCUUCACAUACUACUUGAAUUCCCAUAAUGCAGAGACUGGAAAAAUGAUACAGGACUUGACAAUUAACCCAAAUAUUUUAAUUUCAGAAAUCUGUAAAGAUAACUUCACCACUAGACAGCAGAAAGUAUUUUUAAGAAUACAAUACCCAGGGCUGGAGAGAUGGCUCAGAGGCUAAGAGUGCUGACUCUUCUUCCAGAGGACCCGAAUUCAAUUUCCAGCACACACAUGGCAGCUCAUACCUGUC